UUGCCUUUAUAAGAGCAAAUAAUUUUGCUAAAUUUCAUUAAACCUUCUACAGUCAACUGAGAAACAGCUCUUUUUAAUAAAAGUCAUGCUUCUUAUUAUUCCAGUUGUGUGUUUUACUAUGAUUGUUGGUGCGACCGCCGAAUGCUGCCAAAAGAAAGUGGUUAAAGAUUUUACCGAUCCUAGCUUGAUAGGAACCUACUACUUAAAUAAAUACAAGACCUAUUCCGAAUGCAAAGACGACUGCGUCUACACAAAGGAUGAUUCCCCUGGGAAUCUGUACUGCUUCGCAGAAGUUCCAAUAGAGGAUACCGCUGAAGUUAAUUGUACUUUGACGAUUAGUCAAGAAGAAAUUGAUGCGGCUAAAGCAACAUUAGCAAAACUAAAUGAGGCUGAGAAUCUUCUUCUUGCCAUUGCAGAACUAGUGGCUAACCUUGGAAGAAGGAAAAGAGACGCAGUAGAUGAUGCAGUAGCUGAUGGAACGCUAUGUGAUAAAAUUGUUGAAUGGAUGAAUACAGCUGCUGCUGCAACAGACAUAACAGUGAAAGUUGAAUACUUUUUACUCGUUAAAGCUGGACUUGAAAGAGCUGGCGCAACAUGUACAUCAAUUAAAUCAACGUUACAAGCAAAAGUAUCCGCUGAAAAGGUAAAGGUUCAAAAAGAAAAGAUAAGAGUUCAGGCAAUGAUUCCACCACCAGAGCCAACAACUGAAGCUGAUAAAACAACUAUUCAUUCUACAAUAACUGAAGAUGCUUCACCAACUUAUCCUUCUACAACAACUGAUACUCCUUUAACAACAACAACUGAGCUUCCUACAACAACUACAACUGCUACACCAGCUGAAGCUUAUACAUCAACUAUUCAUCCUCUAAUAACUGAAGAUACUUCACCAACUUAUCCUUCUACAACAACUGAUACUCCUUUAACAACAACAACUGAGCUUCCUACAACAACUACAACUGCUACACCAGCUGAAGCUUAUACAUCAACUAUUCAUCCUCUAAUAACUGAAGAUACUUCACCAACUUAUCCUUCUACAACAACUGAUACUCCUUUAACAACAACAACUGAGCUUCCUACAAAAACUACAACUGCUACACCAGCUGAAGCUUAUACAACAACUAUUCAUCCUAUAACAAUAGGAGAAACCCUCGUAGAUCUUACAGAUUCUGCUACAACAACUGAAGCUUAACAUCUAACCUUUGUCAUCUGAAAAAAA